GGCUUAAGAAAAAGUGGAAAUUGUCAUAUCUUGCAUGACCGUGGACUGCAGUGUACGCACAAACCAUUCUCAGAUAGAUUCUACUUGGAGCGUCUGUCCUGUUAUUCCGAUUUCUUGCCCUUCGAUUCCAUGUCAGAACUACCUGCAGAAUUGACAGCGAAGCCCUUGGCUUUAAUCGGCGUUACGGGAUUGGAUACAGUAAACAAUGCGAUUCACCGUUUGAUUUGGGAUGCUUUUAGCAAUAAUCGCCGGCCAGACAGUGCAGCUGUUCAAUUUAAACUAUUAAGCAAUGCACAUGAAUUUCCAACCGUUAAACCAAAGCGUAACUCCUACGAAUGGUACAUACCUAAAGGGAUAUUGAAACGGAAUUGGAUGAAUAAAUAUCUGAAUGACAUACCGUCCGUUGUUGUAAUAUUUUAUGAUUUGGAUUGGAAUGAUUCUAUGUGGAAUGAAAAGAAGAUCGAAUGUGCGUCAAGAGUUCAAUCCUUAAGAGCUGCUAUCGAGGGUAGAAGUACGAAGAUUGCUGUAGUUCUAGUACAGCAUGGAGCACCGCCACAACCAGGAGCUGAAGACGCCGCAACAACUGAGCGUGCCACAGCUUUAUGUGCUGCAUGUGAAUUGCCAGCUAAAUCGUUAUAUGUCUUACCUCAUGGCGAUCACUUGUUGGGUUAUACUCUGAGGUUGGAAAAUGCCUUCUAUGAUUUGGCACAAAAUUUCUAUCACCUGGAAGCCCGCAUCGUAAAAAAUCACAGAGAUCACCUGAACAAGACAACGCACCAAUACUUAUUUGUCCGGCAUCAGUUUAAAAUGGGAUUUCUAAAUGAAUUGAAACAGGAUCAGCAUAUGGCUCACAAACAUUAUCAGUUGGCGUACAAUAAUUUACUCGAUAUACGAAUGGUGGACACAAAUGCUCUGGAAAUAAAGACUGUCGCAAGCUUCAUAAAUUACAAACUGUGUCGUCUAAUGUUCAACUUAAAUCUUCCCCGUGAUGCUAUUUCGCAGUUUAGAGCUCACACAGAUCGUUUCAAAUUGAAAGUUGGUCCCAAAGAGCUAAUGUUUGAACAUCACGCGUGGAUGUCAGGACAAUUCUCCACGUUUGCAGAAUUAUUUGAUGAAGCCAUCAGGCAAGGUCUUCCUGCUGUUCAAACUCAGCAUCCAGGAUACUACUUUCAGCUGGCAGCUCAGCAUGCUACUCUGCGGCAAACCGCGUGUAGAGAUCUUUGCAAAGAUGUUAAUGAGUACCCCGAACCUGAUCCCUUGGCAGGCCAAGAAAAACUUGAAUAUUACGGUCAGAGACCAUGGCGUCCAGGAAAAUUGAGUGCCGAGCCCGCAGACAUGGCACGGGAAGCAGCGGCUAUUCAAGCUUUACAACACAAAGAGAAGACUACUGUUAAUCAUUCUAUGAUAAUCAUCGGUCUUUUAGGACAUGCAAUUUCCCAGUUUAAAACUUAUCGAUGUCCAAGAAUGCGUCGUCAUUUAGUUGUACAAAUGGCUGACGAGUAUUACAAUUCUCGAGAUUAUGGGAAAGCACUCACACUGUUGAUGCAUAUGCUAUGGGAUUAUCGAGGUGAACGAUGGCCAGGGCUGUUGACAGAUAUUUUGACAAAAGCUUUGCGGGCAGCGUAUCUAUCCACGAGCUUGCAAGACUACCUCACGUUAGCCUUAGAGGCACUGGGUCCAACAUCUUGCCUUCCAAAAGAUCAUCAAGUUGCAAUAUGUGCCAAUAUAUCAAAUAUAUUGCAGAAACACAUUCCCAACCCUGAACCACAUCUACCAGAAACAACUGCGGCCUUGGCAAUAGAAAAGUGGAAUAUUGUCGUGAAUAAAUCAGAACCAUUCAUUAUUACAAUUGAUGCCAAUAAUAUGGCAACAUUUAUGGAGGUUAAAGCUAGAUUCACGCAAAAAACGUACACAGUAAGAUCAAAUGUGACAAUUGAAGUAUUUAUUAGGAAUCUCUACCAUCAAAGUAUGGAGUUUUCCAAAGUAUCCGUAACUGUUAACAGUCCUGGUUACAGUUCAGAAUUUGCAGUAGGCGAUGUCCAAGAGAAGCCAGUGAUAUUUCAAGGGAAAGAAACUAAAAAAUUUCUGUGCCAAUUUCAAGCGCGGCAACAAGAUGUUAGCAAUGAAAUUCAGAUCAGUACGAUUUCUUUGUACCUGGGUAGCGACAGCAAUCGUUGCUUGAUCAUGCGAUUUUCGGCUCUCGGCGGGGAGAACAAUAUUUUUGAUCGAACAUAUCCUGAAAUACAACAAAUCCGUGGUAAUGUUCUUGAAUUCGACAAUAUGAGACCUGUAGUAAGCGCAGAAAUUGAACAGGAAGAAUCGAGUAUAAAAAUAGUAGCCGACUCAGCUACUCCUGGUCUACUAGGCGAAUGGCUUCCUAUCGAUAUAACUUUAUCUACUUGUGAGCCAGUUGCAAGUGCACGAUUAUCUAUCGUUUUGGUUUCGGAUGGAGGCAAUGAUCAGUCUACUGAAUUGAGUUUGUCAACGAAUAUCAAGCAAGAGGCAGGACCCAUAACAGUGGAUAUUCCAGUGAUUGAGAAGGAUCAAGCGAUACAUAAAGUAUUUUAUAUACGAGCCCACAGUAUUGGAAAUCGGAAUAUUACCAUGAAGGUUGAUUACUCUACUGUUGAGGAAGUGAAAUAUUCAAGAGAAAUCACCUACAAUCUACCAAUAGUGAAACCAUUUGAUAUCACAACACAAUUCUACACAACGUUGUUUGAACCAAUUAGUAAAGGCUUCAUUUACGAACCAUUUAUCAUGAUGCCGAAUGUAAUUUGCUCAGCCCCAUCUCCUAUUACAAUUAUUGGCACAUCCAUUGAACUGGGUGAUUCAAUGCAAAGGGAAGACGAAGAAGUCCAGGAAUCUGCUUUAUCUGGAAUCACGUUAUGCGAUGGCGAAGCUGGGUCAGAAGCGUACUGUGUUAUUCCGAAGGCAGGCAGCGAACAGCCGGCCAGCACCGGUGUAUAUACGAUCCAGUGGAGAAGAGCCAACAGUUUGACAGACUUAAUGACAAGUAGCAGUGUAACACUGUCACCUCUAUGGAUCGAAGAAACACCGGUUGGAUUGGUGGCAAAAUUGCCUGCACAUGGUUCAGUUCGAACCCCACUUUGCGUUUCCUACUAUCUCCGUAAUUAUUCCGAUUAUAUGAUUACCUUACAGCUGAUAAUGGAAGCCAGUGAUGCUUUCAUGUUUGCUGGACAAAAGCAGGUAGACGUUUGCAUAUUGCCCCAUGGAGAGCGGAAGAUUGAGUGGGUGCUACGCCCGUUAGUAGCUGGCUCAGUAGCCCUGCCCAUGUUAACCUUGGCUAUUCCUGCUGAAGAUGAUCAUAAGGUGAGCAGGAGCCGACUUGUUGAAAUGCUUGAACGGUCGUUACCAAGUCACAUUUAUAUAAUGCCUCAAUCACAGAGUGUAUAGGAAACUGUCGGUAUUUGCUGUAUUAGCAAAAUUGGUGGUAUAGAAUGGAAAAGAAGAUGUAAUGUCUCAUUUAGUAGUCUAUUACAUAAUCAAAAAUAUUUAUACAUACUGUACUAUAUACAU